GGCUCGGAGCGGACGUCUCGCUCGCUGCCACCAAUAAUUACAUAGAAUACAAAUCGCGCGUGUGUGAGUGUUACAAACUACAGUGAACACAUACACCCCACGUUCCACGGACUAAGGACUGUCCAGUCAAGGUCAUCAGGGCUACUUGACACCUGUUGUAUGUGUUACAUGUACUGCCGCAGCUGUGCGCUCGCGGAGCCGGAGUGAGACCAGAAAUGUGUUUCAACAAAUAUCUAAUCAAACUAGCGGACUAUUUCCGAUUACAUUGUAUCUUGUCUCGUUAAACAAACAUUCAAAUGAAAACCAACGACAUGAUCUGUCAUAGCAAAAUUGUAUUUACCAAACUUUUAUUGUGCUUCUUCGUGUCUGGUGGGUGGGGACGGUCUUGGGCGAACCACCAUGACACCACCACAUCCACCACACAGACCACACCGACGACCACUCCCUCGCCGAAGAAUUUCCACAACGAUCCGCUCAUCGUUGAGACCAAAAGUGGUUUGGUCAAAGGCUAUGCCAAGACAGUGAUGGGUCGUGAAGUGCACAUAUUCACUGGAAUCCCAUUCGCAAAACCUCCUCUAGGUCCUUUAAGAUUUCGCAAGCCUGUUCCGAUCGAGCCCUGGCAUGGAGUGCUCGAAGCCACCGCCAUGCCUAACAGCUGCUAUCAAGAGAGGUACGAAUAUUUCCCCGGUUUUGAGGGUGAAGAAAUGUGGAACCCAAACACUAAUAUCUCCGAGGACUGUUUAUAUUUAAACAUAUGGGUGCCGCAGCAUCUGAGAGUCCGCCACCAUCAAGAUAAACCUCUCACUGAGAGGCCAAAAGUGCCGAUACUAGUUUGGAUUUAUGGAGGAGGGUACAUGAGCGGCACCGCAACGCUUGAUCUGUACAAAGCAGACAUUAUGGCUUCUUCCAGUGAUGUGAUAGUGGCUUCCAUGCAAUAUAGGGUUGGUGCUUUUGGAUUUUUGUAUUUAAAUAAAUAUUUUUCUCCUGGAAGCGAAGAGGCGCCCGGCAAUAUGGGUCUUUGGGAUCAACAGUUGGCAAUUAGAUGGAUCAAAGAUAAUGCGCGUGCGUUUGGUGGUGACCCUGAAUUAAUAACGUUGUUUGGAGAAUCGGCGGGCGGUGGGAGCGUAAGUUUGCACAUGCUGUCACCAGAGAUGAAGGGGUUGUUUAAAAGAGGAAUACUGCAGUCGGGAACUUUGAAUGCUCCUUGGAGUUGGAUGACAGGAGAAAGAGCACAAGUGAUCGCGAACGUCCUUGUAGAUGAUUGUAAUUGCAAUAGCAGCCUCUUGGCGGCCGAUCCGAGUUUAGUGAUGGAUUGCAUGCGUGGUGUGGACGCGAAGACUAUUUCUGUGCAGCAAUGGAACUCCUACACUGGCAUAUUAGGGUUCCCGUCAGCACCUACCGUUGACGGUGUCUUCCUUCCCAAGGAUCCCGACACUAUGAUGAAGGAAGGAAACUUUCAUAACACUGAAGUGCUGCUAGGAAGCAAUCUGGAUGAAGGAACAUACUUCCUUCUAUACGAUUUCCUGGACUACUUCGAGAAGGACGGCCCGAGCUUUUUACAACGAGAAAAGUUCUUAGAGAUAGUCGACACAAUCUUCAAGGAUUUCUCCAAAAUAAAAAGGGAAGCAAUAGUGUUUCAAUACACAGACUGGGAAGAGAUCACGGAUGGGUACCUGAACCAGAAGAUGAUUGCGGACAUUGUGGGGGACUACUUCUUCGUGUGCCCCACCAACUACUUCGCCGAGAUCCUGGCUGAUGCUGGUGUGGAAGUCUACUACUACUACUUUACUCAUCGUACGAGUACCAGCUUGUGGGGCGAGUGGAUGGGUGUGAUGCAUGGUGAUGAGAUGGAGUAUGUCUUCGGGCAUCCACUCAACAUGUCCCUGCAGUACCACACGCGGGAACGAGACCUGGCCGCCCAUAUCAUGCAAUCCUUCACUCGGUUUGCUUUGACCGGCAAGCCACACAAGCCGGAUGAAAAAUGGCCCCUGUACUCCCGUGCGUCCCCGCACUACUACACGUAUACCGCGGACGGCACGAGCGGGCCCGCCGGCCCCCGCGGGCCCCGCGCCUCCGCCUGCGCCUUCUGGAACCAUUUCCUCAACAAGCUCAACGAAUUGGAGCAUGUUCCUUGUGAUGGCGCAGUGACGGGUCCUUACAGCAGCGUCGCCGGCACCAGUCUGCCUAUCAUGCUGCUUACCACACUCGCCACCACCACGGCGCUGUAGGUUGCUAUGAUAAUCUACCAACACGAGGCAGAAUAGGAAGUGGUUAAUCAUGAAGUCAGCUUAGAACAUGCGUGAGUGUAUUGUAAGUGUUGUUGUUGAAAGAAUUUGUUGAAGUUUUGUAAUAAAGCGGGAUUAUGGCCCUGAAUUAGGUCUUUUUUGAAGACAAGAUCGCAAUAUUGGAAUUUGGUAUGUCUGGAUUGUCAGUAAAACUAGCAAGUUCAAACGAAUUCGUUCGAUAACGAAACUUACAAUAGCCAUUAUUCCAAAUUCAAACGUGUAACUAAUCCUUAAAUGACUUCUCCGAAGUAUUUUAAAGAGACGAUUUAUUAAAGUGUAGAAGUAGAUAACAAAAUUUAAAAUAAAUCAAUAAAUGAGAUGUUUGGAUGGCAUUUUUUAAUGAAAAUGUUGUGACGUAUUUUUGAAAAUAAUGUGAAAUGAAUAAAUUAGACUUAGAUCUAUGUUUUGGAAGGUAAAAAUGAAAUUGUGUAUUUAUAUUAGAAAAUUAUCAUAGUAACAUAAGCUUAUACAUUCAGAAAAUGGCUUGAGAUAUUCACACUUACUCUAGGGAAAGUAGAAUAGAAAUAAUUGACUCUUAUAAAUAUUAUAAAGAAUUAUGUUAGUUAUAUGUUGUGUGUAAUUAGUUCCACAAUGUUCCUGUGAGUAGUAUGUUGUAUUAAACCUCAAAAUACCGGGUUUUUACCGCGUUAAAACAGGAAUAUGAGACUUCCCACCCGGACGACAACGAUUAAACGCGAUAAGAACCCGGUAUUAUGAUUUUUAAGUACGUUGUAUGUUUGAUGUUUUAAAAUUUUGUUACAAUGUGUACCUACUAUUUGGUAAAGUAAAGAAAUUGAUAUAAUUUGUGUAUAAUGUAAGUUUAGUGGAUGUCGUCGGCUUUGGUUGUUGAGCAGCUUUGCUUUCUCACGAACAGGUCAGUAACACGAUACAUAUCAAAGUGUGCCUCUGCUUAAAUAGCAAAUGAUACAUAUCUUUACUGUAGUGAAAUUUUAGAAUUUUAUAUGUAUUCGAGAUGAAUUAUAUGUCGAUUGUAUACUGAGAUGAAUUUUCAUCGUUUUUGCUAUCUUAUCUACUAAGUACAUUACUAAAUUCGUACCACUUGCGGAUCUUAUGAACUCUAAAUUCUUAUGACUUCGUACCGAUGAUAUGUAGUGUAUAUUGUAAAUAUAUUGCGAUGUAUUUAACGUUGUACAGGGCUAUUUACACUUGAUCUGCCACCAUUUAGGUCACGCCUAAAACGGUCGCAGUCGUCAACAACAUAUUAAUAUAGGUACACAAAUAAUAUAACCAUUAUCUUUAUAGAAAAAUGUAUGUACGUAUACACGUUAAUCAUUUAUUAUGCUUAUAACCAUUAAAUUAAUCAUUCAUUGACAUAAAUCUAAAUUUUGUUCUUAUAAAAAUGAUACAGCGUACCAUUUUGGUACAUUGUCCAUGGUACAUUCUGUCAUUUUCAUAAAGACGAAUUUUUUUUUUGUUUUUUUUUUUA